GAAGAAGUUACGUCAUUUGACCGCACCAUCUCCACAAGCAGGCACAUUUCAAUGACAACCUGCAUAUGUAACAAAUAUUAAUUACAGAAUAAUAGAGCCACAUAACAAUGCAACGAGCCGUUUUUGCACACAUUGCAUUGCAUGACUGGACGCAUGUUUUCAGUCCUUUGAGGAUAGGACAAUGUUGUUUGAAGCACAGAGCACUACCAGUACAGCUCAGUUCUCGGGCAUACAGUGUGAUACCGCCCCCGCGCGACGAAGCAGAGAAGGCUCUGCUGCACAGUAUGUUGCGGGUGGACCACGCAGGGGAAUACGGUGCCAACCGCAUCUACGCCGGCCAGAUGGCAGUGUUGGGAAGGUCACAGACAGGACCGCUUAUUCAGGAAAUGUGGGAUCAAGAGAAGAAGCAUCUUGCCAAAUUCAAUGAGAUCCUUGCAGAGAACAGAGUUCGCCCAACGUUGCUGUUGCCCCUCUGGAACGUUGCAGGUUUUUUACUUGGAGCGGGCACCGCUCUACUGGGUAAAGAAGGGGCCAUGGCCUGUACUGUGGCUGUGGAGGAGAGCAUCUCAGAGCACUACAACAGCCAGAUCAGAGCCCUCAUGGAGGAGGACCCAGACAGAUACGUAGAGCUGUUAAAAUUAAUAAAGGAAUUCCGAGAUGAUGAGAUGGAACAUCAUGAUACAGGACUGGAGCACGAUGCUGAAUCUAUACCCGGAUACAAGCUUUUGAAGGGUGCAAUACAACUUGGCUGCACAGCCGCCAUAUUUGUGUCUCAGCGCCUAUAAAGUGAUGGGGAUAGUGUGUUAUCCUGCUAUACUAAGGUAUUGUGGUCAUCACUGACAGAGCUGGAACCUACCUUCCUUAUCUAGAUCAUUUUGUAACAUCAUUGAUACUAAGUAAUGUACUACAUACUGUAAUGACCUAUCUGUUAGGUUUAAUUGUUUGAAUGACUAAUCACCUUUCCACUGCAACCCCCCCCGUGCCUUUGUUAUUCCCCGAAAGAUAAAUAUCUAACAUAGCUCUAACUAGGACAUAUCGAUAUUGGCAUUGUUACGCCAUCACCAUACCUUUCAACAAACUAUCCUCUUUCACACAUUAUGUGUCAUAAAUCACAAUGAACAAUGGCUUGUCAGUCCAGAUGAAUGGUUAAGCCUCUUACACAGCUGUUCCAGUACAUUAGAUCAGAGUGAAAGAAGGAUUGACAACUGACGGGUGCUGGCAGGGGGGUCUAGCUAAUCUAUGCCGUUCAGCGCUGCAGAGAAAAGUGUUCCGGUGGUUCAUUUUACUCCCCAGAGACCCCUGUAUUGACUAUAGGGAUAGAAGUGUCCUUAUAGUAUGUUCUGUACUGACCUAGUGCCUGAGAUCUGCCCUAGCCACUUCAGAUGCAGUGUAUAGUACACAUCAGUUAGCACAGAGAGACGUAUUGACCUCCAUUCCACGUGCAAUGUCUACGACAGAAUGUAAAGUAGCAAAGAGAGAAUACAAAGUAGCUGCGUUGUUGUUGGUGCAACAAAGAGGGUUUAAAGGAACAGUGUGAUAUCAUGUUUUUGACAUAUUAUUCUUCGACAGUACCGAUCCUGCUCUGUAUGCGAGGGUGCCUCUGGCAUCCAAGCCACAGCCCACUUAUGUGCUUUCUGCCCCUGCCGGCCCAUGAACAGCCCACUGAACUGUUUCCGCUCCUGCCGCCCCAGCCAAGGCCCAUGAACAGCCCACUGAACUGUUUCCGCUCCUGCCGCCCCAGCCAAGGCCCAUGAACAGCCCACUGAACUGUUUCCGCUCCUGCCGCCCCAGCCAAGGCCCAUGAACAGCCCACUGAACUGUUUCGCCCUGCCGCCCCAGCCAAGGCCCAUGAACAGCCCACUGAACUGUUUCCGCUCCUGCCGCCCCAGCCAAGGCCCAUGAACAGCCCACUGAACUGUUUCCGCUCCUGCCGCCCCAGCCAAGGCCCAUGAACAGCCCACUGAACUGUUUCCGCUCCUGCCGCCCCAGCCAAGGCCCAUGAACAGCCCACUGAACUGUUUUCUGCCCCAAUGUCGAGGGACGUGCUUUUGUCUUGACAUGAGACUACUGUAGAUGUCUGAAAAAAUCUGACAAACUUUAAUUUGGAAGUGUAAUGACCCUUUAAACUUCACUAGGCAUUGUG